CAUGAAGGGAACCCUUACCUCGAUCAUGGAUGCCAAGACGUGGAUGAAUGUAAAGUUGCUACCAAAAAUAAUUGCUCUAAGAAUGCUGUAUGCAAAAACACUCUUGGGAGUUAUAACUGCUACUGUCCAAAAGGCUUCUAUGGCGACGGUUUUGAAAAUGGGACUCGCUGUGUUGAAAAUGUUUCUAUUCCGGUGACAAAAAUAAUUGCAGGUGUCAUUGUAUGCAGCAUAGCUCUACCUAUCUUCAUUUGGCUUUUGUAUUGGGCAAUUAAGAAACGACGGCUCAUCAAACUUAGAGAAAAAUUCUUCCAACAAAAUGGAGGUAUGUUAUUGCAGCAACAGAUAGCUUCAUAUAAAGGGGUUGAAGAUAUUGCCAUGAUUUUCACCAUAGAAGGGCUAAAGAUGGCAACCAAUAACUUCCAUGAGAGUCAAAUAAUCGGCCAAGGAGGGUUUGGUACAGUUUAUAAGGGAACCUUACCCAGUGGCAAAGUUGUUGCCAUUAAGAGAUCCAAAACUGUUGACAAAGGCCAGAUUAUACAGUUUAUAAAUGAGGUUGAUAUCCUCUCUCAAAUCAAUCACAGGCAUGUCGUGAAGCUCUUGGGUUGUUGCCUAGAGACAGAGGUUCCUUUGUUAGUUUAUGAAUUCAUAUCCAAUGGAACCCUUUACCAACAUAUCCAUAGUGAGAAUAAAACAAAUUUUCUUUCAUGGGAAAAUCGUUUAAGAAUCGCUGCAGAAACGGCCGAUGCACUGGCCUAUUUGCACUCUUCUCAUUCAGUACCUAUCUUCCACAGAGAUGUCAAGUCUUCUAAUGUACUACUGGAUGAUAAAUACAGUGCUAGGGUAUCUGAUUUUGGAGCUUCAAGAUUGGUUCCUCUAGAUCAAACUCAAAAGACAACAAUUCUUCAAGGGACUCAUGGGUACUUAGACCCGGAAUGUCUUCCUACAGGCCAGCUAACUGAUAAAAGCGAUGUUUAUAGUUUUGGAGUGGUUCUUGUAGAGCUUUUAACUGGGAAGAAGCCGAUUUUAAUGGAUGAAUCAGGGGAAUGGAUAGCCCUUGCAAUGUACUUUGUGUCUACAAUGAAAGAUGGGAAUAUUUUUCAUAUUCUUGAUGACCGAAUGGUAGAUGAUGAGGGGAAUAGACAACAGUUAUUGAUAGACGUUGCUGAGAUUGCAAGAAGCUGCCUAGAGGAAAGAAGGGAAGAUAGGCCUGCAAUGAAGGAAGUUGCAAAGGAACUUGAUUCUUUGAAAAUGAUGUAUGAGCAACCAUUAUCACAACAUAUUCAAGAGGAAACUGAUUUUUCUCUAGGUGGACCAUCAACGAGCUCUACAGAUCCAGCUUUUGAAUUAGCAUUUGGUAAUAGUUUUACUGAUGAUGAUGAUCUUUGCGUACAUGGCAGGUGAGAGCACAAUCAUGCUAGUGAGUUAAGCACUUCAAGGCUUAUUAUUCUAUACUUGGAUGCAGAAGGAAUUGUGUGGCUCCUUUUUUUCUUGUAAAUGUUCUUAUUAUGUGGAGUGAGAGUUUAGGAGUAUUGGCUUAGAUUUUCUAUACUUCUCAGUUUCUGUUGAAUGAUUUGCCUAUCUUUAAGUUAUGGUGUGAUAGUCAAAAUGUGAGAAUUAAUCAGAGUUUGGAAAGUUUGGCUUUUAGUCGUAGUGGGGAUUUUAAUUGGUCUGGGUCUUUUGCUCUUCUUUGUUAAUUAUAGACUUAUGUGAUCAAUUGAUUUUUUUUUUUUUU